CGCGCUUGCUCCUUGAUUUUGCCAAGCCAACAGAAGAGUCCUGUGAUGCCUUGUGGACGGGCAAAUUUUUCAUGCUGUAAAAUGCACUACUGGCAACUUCACCGGAUGCUAAUCUCCACUUGGCCAUGAAGCCCGGUGUGUGUACUGAGGACAACAUGAGAAAUCUAAUGUUAGUGAGAACACAGGCAUGUCAGCCAAUCCAAUCUCUUGGAACUCCCCAGGGUUUCUCUCUCCGUUCAGACCGGGGGACCUUAUUAAUCAGCACAGAAUAUGGAAUUGUGGAACUGGAUCCUGUCACACAAGCGGUUGCAAAUGAAGUUGUUUUGACAGUGGAAGGUUUCCUACCGGAAGAUGGAAGUGGGUGCAUUGUUGGCAUUGAGGACCUUCCAGAUCAAGAGUCUGUCUGUGUGGCCACGGCAGCUGGAGAUGUCAUACUGUGCAAUCUGAUCACAAAUCAGCUGGAGUGUGUUGGGAGUGUGGACAGUGGACUAACCCUGAUGAGCUGGAGUCCUGACCAAGAGCUUGUGCUCCUUGCUACAGGUGAACAGACUCUUAUUCUGAUGACAAGAGACUUUGAACCACUUAUGGAAAAACGGAUCCACCAAGAUGACUUUGGUGAAGGGAAGUUCAUUACUGUUGGCUGGGGUAAAAAGGAAACACAGUUCCAUGGAUCAGAAGGCAAGCAGGCAGCUCACACGAAGCCAAAGGAAGCGUUGCCUGUUCUGACAUGGGAUGACCAUCGACCUCGGAUCACUUGGAGAGGAGAUGGACAGUAUUUUGCAGUGAGCGCUGUUUGCCCAGAGACAGGGGCUCGGAAAGUGAGAGUGUGGAGCAGAGAACUUGUCCUGCAGGCUACAAGUGAGCCAGUUCCAGGACUAGGACAAGCCCUGGCCUGGAAGCCCUCUGGAAGUUUGAUUGCAUCUACACAAGAUAAAGCCAACAAACAUGACAUUGUGUUCUUUGAAAAAAAUGGACUCCUUCAUGGUGAAUUUACACUUCCUUUUGAGAAAGGCCAAAACAAGGUAAAUGAGCUGCUCUGGAAUUCGGAUUCUACUAUAUUGGCUGUAUGGCUGGAAGAACUGAAAAGUGAGAACAACGCUGAACCACAGAUGUAUGUUCAACUGUGGACAACAGGGAACUAUCACUGGUACCUGAAGCAAAGCCUGCAUUUUGGUGGCUCAGAAGGAAGCCAAGCUCUCGUGGCCCUGGCAUGGGAUCAGCAGCACCCCUGUCGACUUCACCUCCUUGGACAGCACUGGCUUUAUCUCUGCUAUGACUGGCACUGGAGCACCGACCGCAGCGCUGGCGAAGGGGCAGAUGGCACGGCAAGCGUGGCAGUUAUUGAUGGAGACAAGGUGCUACUGACCUCCUUCCGGCAUGCCGUGGUCCCCCCACCUCUUUGUACAUACCAGCUCCAGCUUCCCUGUGCUGUCAAUCAAGUUGCCUUCUCUGCAGAGCCUUCUAGGUGUGGGGAUCUUGCUGUCCUGGAUGCUAGGAAUUGGCUGCACAUUUACAGAUCUGAUGGCCAUACGGAUACAGACUCCACAGUUAAAAUCGGUGCAGCUGAAGGAAGCAAAGUUUUAGCUGUGGUCCCUCGGCUGGAAAAGUCAUACAGGAUUGACUUAAGCGAUGAAAAAGAAGAGAGGAAUCCAUUGUGGCUUCGCCUUGUCACAUGGUUGGAAGAGGACCUGUUCCUGGGUGCUAGCCAGGGCCACCUCCCAGCUCACACUGUCCUUCACCAUCUGAAGCUGUCCCCAUCAGCAGAAGGAGGACAUGUUGAUAUCAGCUCACCUGUGAUGGUGGAGGGAGAUGUCAUUAGCCUGAGCUGCAACCCAAAGACCAAAUCAGUGGCUCUGCAACUUUCUGAUGGUCGUAUAAUGAAGUAUCUCUGGGGAGCUGAAACUCCAGUUGUCACCCCUUGGCUAAGUAGCCGUGGGUCCGCAGUCCGGUUUCCCUCUCCAUGUAUGCAGACUGCACUAGCUGUAGUUGGUGAUGAAGAAACUGUCUUUGGCCUGACUGACAGAUGUCGCUUCUUUAUUAAUGACAUUGAGGUUGCUUCGAAUGUCACCUCCUUUGCAAUCCAUAACGAGUUUCUGUUGUUAACCACACACUCUCAUACUUGCCAGUGCCUAUCUCUAAGGAACACAUCACUGAAAGCUUUGCAAUCAGAUUUGGGCAGCGGUUCAGUCCCCGAUAGUGAGACACUGCGCAAGAUUGAAAGAGGUUCCCGGAUAGUCACAAUCGUGCCGCAGGAUACAAAGUUAAUAUUGCAGAUGCCAAGAGGAAACUUGGAGACCAUUCAUCAUCGAGCCCUUGUUUUGGCCCAAGUUCGCAAGUGGCUGGACAGCCUCCAGUUUAAGGAAGCAUUUGAAUGCAUGAGGAAGCUGCGAAUCAAUCUCAACCUCAUCUAUGACCACAAUCCAAAGGUUUUUCUGGAAAACGUGGAAACAUUCAUCAAACAAGUGGAUUCUGUGAAUUAUAUCAACUUGUUUCUCACAGAGUUGAAAGAAGAAGAUUUCACAAAGACUAUGUACCCACCUCUGAAUCCUGCCAAUGCCUGUGAGCCUCACAGUUCUGACACUAAAAAAGUUGACCUCAUCUGUGAUGCUAUGAGAACGGCGAUGGAGAACAUCAAUGCUUCCAAAUAUUGUUUGUCUAUACUGACCUCUUAUGUGAAAAAGAGUCCUCCAGAACUGGAAACUGUCCUGCAGAGAAUUCGUGAACUUCGAGAGCAAGCACCAGUAACUGCUGGGUCCGUCAGUGCAGAAGAAGCUCUGAAAUAUUUGCUAUAUCAUGUGAACGUCAGUGAGUUGUACGAUCAUUCGCUGGGAACGUAUGACUUUGAUUUGGUCGUCAUGGUUGCUGAGAAGUCUCAAAAGGAUCCAAAGGAAUACCUCCCAUUUUUAAACAAGCUUAAGAAGAUGGAAAUCAAUUACCAGCGAUACUCUAUAGACAGAUAUUUGAAGAGGUACCCAAAGGCUCUCCACCAUCUCAGCAAAUGUGGACCGGAACAUUUUUCAGAAUUCCUGAACUUGGUAGUGGAUCAGAACUUGUAUGGUGAAGCUUUGAAGCUGUAUCCGCCAGACACUCAUGAGUACAAGACAGUCAGCUAUGCCUACGGGGAAUACUUGAUCCAGAAGCAUCUCCCUGAGCAAGCAGGGCUGAUCUUCUUCCGCUGCGGUGCGUUUGAGAAAGCCCUGGAUGCCUUUCUGAUCAGUGGCGGCUGGCAGCAGGCCCUCUGUGCUGCAGCUGAGCUCUGUUACACCGAGGAUAAGCUGGCCAGCCUAGCGAGGAGCAUGGCAGGGAGAUUUGUUGAAAAAAGGAAGUAUACUGAUGCAGCAGUACUCCUGGAGCAAUAUGCUAAGGAUUAUGAAGAGGCUGUUUUGAUCCUCCUAGAAGGAACUGCCUGGGACGAAGCCUUGAGAUUAAUCUAUAAAUAUAAUAGGACUGAUAUCCUAGAGACCAACUUCAGACCAUCUCUUUUAGAAGCCCAAAAAAACCAUUGGAUAUUCCUGGAGAGUCAGAAAGCUGCAUUUUCUCACCAUCAUAAGCGCCUCUCUGUGGUCCGAGAGUUAAAGCAGCAGGCCCAAAAGGAGCUGUUGGAUUUUGAACGACCUAAUUGCCCAGAAUCGGACCUCUUUUCUGAUGUCAGCAGUGUGGUUACAGCUAGUGAGACAAGUUCCAAAUACACUCACAGUAACUCAAGAAUAUCUUCGCGUUCUUCAAAGAACCGUCGUAAGGCGGAGCGCAAGAAACACAGCCUAAAGGAAGGGAGCCCCCUUGAACAUGUGGCACUCCUGGAAGUUUUAGGGGAAAUAAUUCGGAGUAUUGACAGUUUGAAAGGUGAGGUACAUAGCCUUUUGAAGUAUCUAGUCCUCUUUGGCUAUGAUGGACAAGCCCAGGAACUGCAACACUGCUUUGAGGAGACUCUUCGCUUGAUGGAGCACUCCGUCCCCGAGAUCUGGAACCCAGACCUGCAGCAGAUCCCAGCGACCCCGGUGUUGGGUCCCAAUUCAACUGCCAAUAGCAUCACCGCUGCCUACAAUCAACAGAAGGCGAUAACUCCUGCAGUACAAGAUUCUGAGCUCUUUAUACCUCCCAAACUCAACAAUAAUAUCCAAUGGAAGCUGCACAUUCUCCAAUAAUCCAGACUCCACAUCUGUUGAUGGACUAAGGAUCUGUAUUUAAGAAAACGUGUCUUUCUUUCUGAAACUUGUGUCCUCUCCAUGCCUUGCAGUUAACAGGUCGUGUGUCCCGAAGCAACAAGGGAAGGAGGAGGCCAAACAAAUGCAAACUAGUUUUGACCAUGGCUUUCCUUAUAUUUACCUCUUUUCCCAUGUGCUGCCUGGGUGACCAGAAACAGCUUGUGCUGUAGCAGCUGCCAAACUAGCAAAUUUGGUUACUUUUAAACAUUCUGCAUAGUGUUUUUGUCUGGGUCUGUUUUGUCAACUGAUGACACAAACAACCUUUUCGGACUUUUCAGUGCCAGCUACCAAGUUCAUAGCACUUUAAUUUUUUUUUGAGGGUACACAACCCAAACUACUUUUGGACAUCAGUGGUAUAAGCAAGACCUCCACUGAACUAGGUAUGAUUAUGUUUCUUUUAAAUUCUGUCAAGGGCUCAACAACAUAUAGAUAAACCUCCAGUUGAGUUCGAAUUAUGGAUAUUAACCCAGAAAUACCUUGCUUUGACACAGUGUGCUGAUGGAAAUUAUUUCUCGAAGCUAAAGAGAAGUGGGGACUGGUCAAUAAAAUUUUGCUGUAACCUUU